AUGUCGCGUUCAACAACUCAGCGUUCAUAUCUUAAGGACAUUCAACAACUUUACCGGAUGAUUGAGACGUCGACAAAUGGCCAAGCCUCAAUAAUUUCUGUCAAUGAAAUGUCAGUGCUAAUCUCGUUGCAUCCAAAAUCUGGUUACAACGCGCACGCUGAUUUCACUGUAAAAAUUAAAUGUUCAUUGUCCUAUCCAAGAGAGAGUCCAGAAGUGACUUUUAACUCACCAAUCUUCCAUCCCAACAUCGACAAUUAUUCGGGCUGCAUUUGUCUAAAUCUUCUCGAUGAAUGGCUUAGCUGUUACAAUCUGCUGGAUGUCGUGAAGUCUCUUCUCUACCUCAUUGAAAAUCCGAAUUUUGAAACGCCAAACAACUCAUUUGGAUACAUGGAGAAGAGGAACCUGUUGGCAAAGAAGACGAUGCGUGUGCUGGCAGGUUUGCCGGUGGACGGACAACAGUUUGCGCCGAACAGGGCAUGGUGCGAGUGGGCAGAGGCCCAUGGAUGUCUUCCAAUUGGAGAGGAAGAGGAUGACGAUGAUGAUGAUGAUGCCGAAAGAAGGAAUGAAAGCAGGGCGGAGGCGAGUUUCGUGGAUGCCGUGCAAGAAUCAGACAGUAAGCAUGGCAGUAUCCCUAAUGACCUUGCCCCUGCUUACAAAAAAGAUGACAAUGAAGACUUUAAUUAUGGUGCAGCCGUGUUCGACGAAAAUGUUCUGUCAUUUGCAAAUAUGCGGUUCUUCGUUGAUUCAGAGAACGAAUCACAAGUUUCACCGUCCUUUGAACGCGAAUACACACUUGGAUACAUUGAGACUCAACGCAUUCUUAUUUGGCAUCCUGGAUGUAGUCCCAAUGACAAGAACCCCUCGGUUUUCUACUUCUGCGAGCUUGUUGGUCAUCAUUCCUAUCAGAUGGAAUUUGAAGAUCUUUACAACAUGCUUUUGACAGGCGAUGUGUUGCACUCGAUGCAAAGUCAUCCUGAAUCAAGACAAGCAUCAAGUCUAUGUCCGUGGUACGUUUUCCUUCAGCCCGAGCACUAUUCUGAUAAGUCGAGCACCACUUCCGUCUCCGAUCUAGCCUUCUUCUUUUCUGAAAAAAUGUUAACGAGGCCUAUAUUGACGAACGACUUUUGUCCGUGGUCUCAUGUAGACGGAGGAGGUAUUUGGAGCAUCUUGGGUGGGCUGUUUUGUGAGCGACGACGACGACGGCGACGACGAAAUUGGACUGAUAGCACAUCUGUGGAAACCAGUGUAGAUGGCCAUGAUAUGGCCUUCCUCUUCAACAGCAGUUUUGAAGUGGAGGAUAGAAACACGAAGAAGGAAUGUACAGUUGAUGAAGAAGACGCAGAAAAAGUGAGAGAUGAAGAAGAGGCCGUUAAAGAGAUCGCAGUAUAUAAUGCAACGGAGACACUGAAACAGGUGGACGCGAAUGAGGUGGAAGUAAAGGAAGGUGUGGAAAAGUUGGAAUGUUGUGGAGAAGCAGAUUCACUUUUGGAAGAUUAUAGAACGGGUGCUGUUGAUUGUGCUGAGGAAGUUCAAAGCAUCAUUGCUGAAGUUCAAGUUGAGGAAGUUGCGUCUCAUGUUCAGGUCAAUGUUCCUAAUGAGAUGCAGUCAUCUGGGUCUUCAGGAACAUACUAUGGGGUAGAGCCAGAUUCGUAUAGAUGGGGCGACAAUGGAUAUAUUACCCAUGAAUACUUUCAGUGUGUAAAACAAAUCAACAUGAACAUGCAGCCACAGUGGCAAUGGUUUUUCCGUCAGACACGCUGGCCAUUUCGAUUCGCUCCACAACAGAAAGUUGAUGUGUCUGUGCAUGAGAAUCGGAUCCCGCCAUGGCGAGCGAGUGUCGGGCGUCUGCUUUUUGAUGUCUGCAAUUUUUGUGAAAGAAAUCGUCAAAUGCAAAAUCUCAUUCUUCUCGAUCCCAUGGCUUUAUCACCGCUAUCGCCACUGCUAAAUCUGAUGCGGCACUCCGUGGAACCAAAAGCCCACCUGAUUGGUGUUCUGUGGAUGACCCCAAUUGAUGCCCUUUCUCCCUUUUACCACGUCCCUAUUCCUCGUGAAGAUGUCGAAGGUGGGGAAGAGGUGGAGCGCCCAUACCCGCGACCACUUUAUCUGCGAUUGCUCACUCUGACAGCCUUUCUGUCCAAUUGGCUUGCCUGGUUCUCUCGAAUUGAGACCUAUUCGUCGCUGGGCACGUCUCGUGUUCCGCCAUCAGCUGUGUCCGACCCCGUGGCAGGUUGUGUGUUGCGACCCUACACUUUGGGUUGCGGCCAGUCUCCCCUUAUUGAUUUGUGGCCGCUUUGGUUGGCUCGACGACUGCUACUCCUGUUCUUUCAUUUACCCCGACUGUUUGACAGGCAAAUCUCGCGACACUUCUUUCCUUUCACUGAUGUUGACGAAAUAUGA